AUGCUACCUUCUAAUGAAAUCAUGCAUUCUCUUAUAUUAUUUUGUUUAUUUAAAAUAAUAAUUGGAGGUGAACAUCAACGUCGUUUAUUAAAAUAUUUACUUGAUGAAAAUAAUCAUAAUCCACUUGAAAGACCUGUUUAUAAUGAUUCUCAUAGUUUAACUGUAACAAUGAAUAUGGCUUUACAACAAAUAAUUGAUUUUGAUGAAAAAAAUGAAAUUCUUGCUGUUAGUGGUUGGAUAGUUCUUGCAUGGCAUGAUUAUAGUUUACAAUGGAAACCAGAAGAAUUUGGAAAUAUUCAAGCUAUUCGUAUACCUAGUACGCGUGUUUGGACACCAGAUAUUCUUCUUUAUAAUAGUGCUGAUCUCAAUUUUGAAGGUAUAAUGAAAACGAAUUUAAUUGUACAAUCAAAUGGUAGUAUAUUUUUUGUCCCACCGGCGAUAUUUAAAUCAAUUUGUCCAUUUAAUAUUGCUUCAUUUCCAUUUGUAAGUAUUAAUCUAACAACUGAUCAUAGUGAAGGUCAGUUAGAUGCAUAUGUCCAAAGUGGUGAAUGGGAUUUAGAGGCUUUUAUUGUUGUACGAAAAGCAGUUGUUUACGAAUGUUGUCCAACAGUAUAUCCAUUUGUUUUAUUUACAAUUCGAAUUCGUCGACGUACUCUUUAUUAUGUUGUUAAUGUAGUUGUUCCAUGUGUUGUGAUUAGCUUUAUGACUGUACUUGGAUUUCUUUUACCACCAGAUAGUGGUGAAAAAUUAACUCUACAAAUUACAAUUCUUCUUUCAAUUGUUAUGUUUAGUUUAUUAAUCGCAGGAAUUAUACCAGCUAGUUCAACGGCUUUACCAACUAUUGUAAUGUAUUUUACAACAGUUAUGUGUAUGUGUUCAAUGUCCGUUGUUGCUACUGUUAUUGUACUUGUUCUUCAUCAUAGAAAUGCAAAAAAUCAUACAAUGCCAAUGUGGAUUUAUGUAUAUGUCAAUCAAUAUUUAGCAUGGUUAUUAUGUAUGAAACGUCCAGGACAUGAUUUAAGUUGGAAAGCAAUUCGUCGUCGACGUUCUCGUCAAAAUAAUCCUAUUCAUAGUUAUAAAUAUCCUCCGUCACCAUUAUUAGAAAAUUCAUCAAAAUCAUUAUUAGCCAAUAUAACAAAUAUUGAUAAACAAUCAUAUCAAAAAUCAAAUAAUCAAUUAUUAAUACCAGUAAUGAAUCAUGUAGAAAAUUCUUCUUAUAAUCAUGAUACAAAUGAUGUAUUACUACCUUCUGAUAUAAAUAUUUAUCGUUCUGAUCUUCGUAUGAUAAUGUAUGAACUUAAAUUUCUUGGAGAUUAUAUACGAAAAGAAGAAGUAGAUGAUGAUGUAUCACAAGAUUGGAAAUUUUCGGCAAUGGUUAUUGAUCGUUUAUGCCUUGUUUUAUUUUCUAUAAUGACAACAAUCUUUAGUUACGUCACACUUUUUUCUGCACCAAAUUUUUUUAAACUUCGAUAA